AUGGAUUCUUCUUCUUGGGGGAUUCUCGUCGCGGUCGUUGCCGAUGAUAGCAUAGCGUCAAGAAAAGAAGUAAGUAACAACUACCUCUUUCUGUCUUUGGGCUCUGCCAACUCAAACAAUAGACGCCAUCAUGAUGUGGCCUAUACACAACUAGAGCUAAAUUUGAGGUUUGGCACAAGCACACCGAGAACCUAUAACGAGAGAUAUUACUACGUUCAGGAUUCAACGUACUACGAACGGAAUUCAGCCAACGCAGCAUGCAUCACCGUGAAUCUCCUCCGGCUUUCUCGGUCGGUAAAGAAAUUGGUGGCUUGGCUGGCACGAUCGAUGAGAAGAGCCGACAUGGACUCGGCACUCAAUACUCUCGCUAGAAUAAGCAAACAAAACAAUAUUGAUCGACGGCUUCAAUCGCCUCCGAUCAGCAAACGAAACGUUCUACCGGUCGCCUUCAUACUCACCCCGGUGCGGCUUGGCGCCGGCUCUGAUACUCAGGUAGCAAGGCCGGGGGAUUGGGCAUUGAACAAUACUGAACAACACAUCCAAGAGACACUUCUCGGCGCGAGUGGUAAUAUCGGAAUGAAUGGGAGGAAGAGUUUAGCGACAUAUACCUGCCGUCUUCAAACCUUGGCCAUUUCAUACCGGGGUCACUCCGAAGACUUCGUCACAACCUCCACGCCUGUCUACUCGCCAGGGCAUAUCGGCUACUUGCCUGAUGCUGACCAAUAUAGAUGGCAAUUCCUCUUGGCCUCGGUCAUUGAAAGAGUCCUGUGGACCUUCUCGGAAGACCGGAGUGCACCGCUCCUUCCAUUCGUCCGACAUCAAGAUCAGUGGAUGAUGCACCCUUCUGGUGGUGAUUCAAUGUACCUCGACAUGGCAAUGGAGAAAGGUGACGAGGAGGCUAUAUCGCCAACUCUAGCCUAUAGAGAGAACGAGAAGACGAAACAUCAGCAAGCACCAUCCACUAGCAUUGGUCCUAUCCUCAUUGCUGAGGUGCAAAACCAAGCACUAACCCUCGACUUUGUUGGGGCUCUUAAGUUCUGUGGAGAGUUUCUUGACGAUCCGACACAUUUGCCUGCCAAUCAGACGCCCCCACUCGAUUAUGGGCUCUCACACCCAGUCGAACCAACCACAAUCGAAACCGAUCCUCCUCCCGAUACGUCCCCCGCCUACAUCGCCUCCACAUCCUUGAGCUCCAAGCGCCGCGGUUUCCGACGCUCCUGGACAGCACCAAUCAACGGAUUUAAUUUCACUGGUUUCGUCGGUAAUACGAGGUUUGAAGCUGUUCCUUAUGGACGUCCUAUCGAGGACAUUGGAGCUGGUGCAUGCAUUGUCAAUAGACAGGAGUGCAUGGACUGGAAAGAUAAGUUUGAGGGGGAAAUUGAAGAGCAGAUACUGCAGGGAUUCUCCAAGAUUCGCCAUGUUUACUUUCCGGUUCAGGAAUUUCACGAUAAUUCACAAUCUGCUAAGAUUGUCCAGAAGGAACAUUUGAAUGCCUCACAAUUGUCCGGUUUCCUGGCAACUUGCUGCCAGGAAAAAGGAAGAGAGAUAAGCGCUGGAGCGUCGUUUGGCAGAGCCGCACUUGUUGCGACGCUCUCUGCCCACCAGAAGGAGCAUUGGAUUUUUUUUAGCAAACUAAAAUCCAAUUGCUGGAUUGUCCAGAAGGAACAUUUGAAUGCCUCAGCAAUUGCUCGGCCCUGUUUCCCUGCGCCCAGUGCUAUGGGCAGGGAAAUACUGGCCUCAGCCCGUCAGCAACUCUAG